GUCUGCCACGUGAUACAAACAGGAAGUGUCGCUCUUCCCUGCAGCAGCUAUGGAUCCUUGGUUGUCCAUGUAUGAGUCCACCUAUCAACUCGCACGAGAGAUUACGGAGAAAGUCCAUAGGCGGAAUGUCUACCUACUUAAUAAAGAGAACCCAAUUAAGAUAAAUAUGACUGUGCGGCCUCUUAUGAAGCGGUUACACGUGAGCAUCGGACAUCUGGGGGACUCCCUGCAAACAUCGGUCUCCACACAUCGGAUCACGCAACUAGAAGGAGAUCGGAGGCAGAACCUCAUCGACGAGCUCAUCACCACACAGAAACAGCUGCAGAUAUCCUUUCUAAGUGAAGGCACAGAACCCGAUGUCAUAAGGUCGAGUCUGAUGAGUGGCGGAUCUACAGGAUACAACCCAUGGGUGAUGGAGGAACCAGAGGAGACGCGAGGUUUCGGGGUUGGCGAGCUGAGACAACAACAGCAGCGGAUGAUAGCAGAGCAGGACGCCGGCCUGGACGCCCUCUCAUCUGUCAUCGCCCGUCAGAAGCAGAUGGGGUACGAUAUUGGGAAUGAACUGGAGGAACAAAACGAGAUAAUUGAUGACCUGGCAAACCUCGUCGAAAACACAGACUCCAAGGUCCGCAAUCAGACGAGACAUGUGAAGCUUGUGGACAAGAAAUCUGGAUCAUGUGCCAUGAUGGUGGUUAUUGUUCUACUUCUCAUCGCUAUAGUAGUCGUUGCAGUUUGGCCAACGAAAUGACCAGGAAGGCAGGACCCGACAUCUCCGGUAAUGAAGACAUUGGCCCCUGGUCUGGAGUCCUGGCGGUCCGGUAAGAGGCUGCAGAAACGGACGACUCCAGCAACGGACGGACUAAUAUAUAUGAUUCUAACGAUUCUAACCCUCUCACACGAUUCGUCUUUUCUACACUCUUCCAAUGAUUAAUGCAAAAUAAAGCCGUUUUUUUUC